UUUGUGAAUCAGAAUACACAAUGAUUUCAGGAGAAGAGAGGGAGAGAGGGUGUGUGUUAGAGAGCGAGGGAGAGACAGAGAAAGAGAGAGAGAGAGAGAGAGAGAGAAACGGGAAAAGGAGAGGGAGGCGGAAUGCAACAGGCUGAGCUCUGUCGACGCUUUGAGAGGGACUUCUGACUGACAAACACAACUACUACACUCCUUCUGAGCUCAUUUCCCCACUGACUUACCCUCGCUAUUCACCACACUGUAUACCGUGUUCACAUCCCAGUCUGAGUCUGGGCCUGGUCAGGUCUUGGUCGCCAAGGUCUGACAGCAGAGCAACAAGCAGCUGAGUGGCUGAAUGGCAGCAGACCACUUCAAUUUCACCGCAGGCCCUUGACGAAGACGACGCAGGAGGAAGAAACAAGACAGUCAGAGAAAAGUUAACCAAACCGCCAGCAGCACUUUUCAUGAUGGCAACCAACAGGGAGCACCAAGUGCGUCACAUGACGGGGUUCCCUCGAGCUAUGUACCCGUUUACCUUCAACUCCAUGCGAAGCCACUCCCCCUUCGACCUGCUGGCCAGUAGCCACCUCUUCGGACGGUUUGGGGCAGACCUUCCCAAAGAGAUGGCUGCAUUGUCGGUGGAGACCCAGAGCACCAGCUCAGAAGAGAUGGUGCCCAGCUCUCCUUCUCCUCCUCCUCCUCCUCGCAUCUACAAGCCAUGCUUUGUGUGCCAGGACAAGUCAUCUGGUUAUCACUAUGGAGUAAGCUCCUGUGAGGGCUGCAAGGGUUUCUUUCGGCGCAGUAUACAAAAGAACAUGGUGUACACCUGCCACCGAGACAAGAACUGUCAGAUCAACAAAGUGACCCGCAACCGAUGUCAGUACUGUCGGCUGCAGAAGUGCUUUGAGGUUGGCAUGUCCAAAGAAGCGGUGCGUAAUGACAGGAACAAAAAGAAGAAGGAUGUAAAGGAGGAGGUGGUGCUGCCAGAUAACUAUGAGUUGAGUGGAGAACUGGAGGAGCUGGUCAACAAAGUCAGCAAAGCUCACAAAGAAACCUUUCCAUCUCUGUGCCAACUAGGAAAAUACACCACAAAUUCAAGCGCUGACCACAGAGUACAGCUGGACUUGGGCCUGUGGGAUAAGUUCAGUGAGCUGUCCACUAAGUGCAUUAUUAAGAUUGUGGAGUUUGCCAAGCGGCUACCAGGCUUCACUACGCUCACCAUCGCUGACCAGAUCACCCUCCUCAAAUCUGCAUGUCUGGACAUCCUGAUGCUGAGGAUAUGCACUCGCUACACCCCGGAACAAGACACAAUGACCUUUUCAGAUGGCCUGACUCUCAACAGGACCCAGAUGCAUAACGCUGGCUUUGGCCCCCUCACAGACCUGGUGUUUAGCUUUGCUGGUCAGCUGCUGCCUUUGGAGAUGGAUGACACAGAGACGGGACUACUCAGUGCCAUCUGCCUCAUCUGCGGAGACCGUAUGGACCUCGAGGAGCCCCAGAAGGUAGACAAGCUGCAGGAGCCGCUGCUAGAGGCUCUGAAGAUCUACACCCGCCGCAGACGCCCAAACAAGCCUCACAUGUUUCCCCGCAUGCUGAUGAAAGUCACAGACCUCCGAGGAAUCAGCACCAAAGGUGCAGAAAGAGCCGUCACACUGAAGACGGAGAUCCCAGGCCCCAUGCCUCCACUGAUCAGGGAGAUGCUGGAGAACCCUGAGGCCUUUGAGGACAGCAGUGACUCAGGGGACAGCACUGCAACCGCUCCCCCUGCCAUUCAAGCCAUCAAACAAGAGGAGAAGGCUACGGAUGAGUCAACCGUUGAGGAGGAAGAGGAGGAGGAAGAGGAGGAAGAGGAGGACGACUACUGGGAUGAGGAGAAGGAGCGAGGGGCGGACAGUGAUGGGGAGCCGGCAGCUGGCGUGCAAAAGAAAGGUGUGACUGGGAAAACGCAGUGAGAGAGACACAACGAUGCUGCCUUCAGAUCACUGAGCCUUCGCCAAACAAUAUCUCCUCCCAGAAACCUCACAGAAUUAGGCUCUUAUACAACAAUAAUGUUGCAUAAAGCACAUAUUUAAAUAUACUGUACAUGUUGACUGAAAGGAACAUUUGUUAAAUUCAGUAUAGGAAGCAAUGAGUGGGAGAACCAAAAGCACUAAAUGUCAGUGAAAAGAGCUCCGUGAAAAAUCACUGUGCCAAAAUGAGACUGUCAUAAGAUAUUUCAAAAGUGUUUCGUCUACCAAAAAAGGAACGAGAGGUGGUGGACAGAAAAAAAUGCACUCCUCUGCAAUCUAUAAGGGCUAUGCUUUGUAUAAAAUUGAUGGUAAAAAUACAUGGCAACAAUAGAACUCAAUGUGAUGUCCAUUUACCGCACGUCUUUUUUUUACUAUUCAGAGAUAUGCGACUUAUUUUUUUAUUGCAUUGUUUUUCUUAGCAUGUCUGUUAUGUCUUUAUGCCUGUUUGUGGGACUCUGUAUUGUUUUUUGUAUAUUUUUCACUCAGUCCUGUUCACAUUUGACUGGACAUGUACGUUUUUUUAAUUUUGUCUUUAAUUUGAUGUUUUCUGCGAUUUGGACACAGUGCAAAGCAAUAGGAAAGUUAGAAAAGAGAGCAAUAGCAAAGAGAGAGGAGGUCACGAGCAGGACUCACAAUAUGACAAGCAUGUGGAAUGAAAAUCUCUGAUGGGUAAAGCAUGUUUGAUACAAAUAAGACUCUAACAAAUAAUGCUAAACAAAUUCAACAGCAUUCCUCCACCUCUUGACAAAAAACACACUUACAAUUAAAAUGUAUAUAUAUAUGUAUAUAUAUAUAUAUGUAUAUGUAUGUAUGUAUAUGUAUAUGUACUACAAAUCUGCAGGGUGGAUUUACUGUCAUCACACAAUCUCAGGUUGAUUCCAUAACAGCCACAUUUCACCUGUCAAUACAGUAUUUUAAGAAAACCGCUGAUGUGAAUGCUCCAACAUAUCGUGCCCAUCUUCCACAAAGAAAAGUUCUUACACCAGGUAAAAGGGACAUAAAAAAAUAAGUUGUUGACUAUGCUGUACAUGCCCUUGGUACAGUGUGCACAGAUAAUAUAUAUAAGCCAUAAUAGUUUCAUUUUGUAAGAGUGAGCAUUGAAUCAUCCAAACAGACAUAACCCUGAAAAGCAGUUUACUUCACAGAAAACCUCAGGUGUGUAUGUGUGUGCAUGAGUGUGUAACUGAGAGAAUUUACCAAUACACAGAGUGUAGACGUUGUAGACAUGUGAUGUUCCGUCAUUACUAAUAAUGUUCAGUGAGCAUGUAUGCAGAAUUAUUAAAAACGCACAUUAUAAAGGAUUUGUAGCAACAACAAAAAACGUACCCAAAGACUUCUGUUGGACAAUAGGACGUUGAUGCCGAUGCAAGCUGACCAAGAAUCGCACAAGCAAUUAACUGAGGUUGCAACUGACCAACAUAAUUAACAACAAAACCAAAGCUUUACAUUGGGUGCUGUGUCCACUGAAGCACAGGAUAAUAGUUUAAAAUGUGUGUUCAUGUGUGCUUGUAUCUAACAAAUGAUGCAAUACAUGGAUUUUGUAAAAUAAAUACUUAUACUUAGUUUUUCAUUGA